AUGGUUAUCUUUGCAAUUCUCUAUUCAGUAAUUAUUUUGUGCGGUUUCAUAGGGAAUGUCUGCGUUAUUGUUGCGAUCACGCGAAACAAGGUUUUGCAAACGGUGCCAAAUCUUUUUAUUCUAUCGCUGUCGUUUUCUGAUAUUGCUGUCUGCUCAAUUUCUGCGACCAUCACUCCUAUAACUGCAUUCAAGAAGGAAUGGAUUUUUGGUGAAAUACUAUGCCGAGUUGCUCCUUUUAUAGCGGGUAUCAGCUUAUGCUUUUCAACAUUCACUCUUACUGCGAUUUCAAUUGAUCGAUACCUUCUUAUACGGUUUCCGAUGAAGAAGCCUUUGACGCACUUCCAUGCGGUUCUCGUAAUUGGACUGACCUGCGUCCUGGCCGCGUGCAUUUCAUCUCCUAUUAUAUUUCGACAAAAACUUGGAUCUUUCGAGAACUUUUGCGGACAAUAUUGUACAGAAGAUUGGAGCGAUAAUGAGAGCCAAAGGAAAGUCUACGGAGCAGCACUGUUAUGUGUUCAGUUGGUAGUGCCUCUGACUAUUAUAGUGGUCUCCUAUACUGCAAUCUCGCUUCGCAUUGGUCAAAGCGUAAUCCUGAGAAACACUAAACGUGAUUCAAGCUCCAAUUGGAAUGUGCAGCUUACUGAUCAGCAACGGAUGGCACUUAAAAGAAAGCAAAGGACGAAUCGAAUGCUUAUCGCAAUGGUGGUUGCGUUUUCAGCUAGCUGGAUGUGGUCUGUAACAUUCAAUGUGCUCCGAGAUUACGAUUAUUUACCACAAAUGAUAAAAGACCAGGAAUACCUAUUUGGAAUCGCAACACACUGCAUUGCUAUGACGUCUACGGUAUGGAAUCCUCUCCUUUACGCUAUGCUGAAUCUCCAACUGAGAGCAGCCUUCAUUGAGUUACUUCCGCAAGUCAUUCGCAUAAGGUUGCGGUUGAGAAACGAUCAUUCAAUUCGACUGAUAAACGGGACGCAUCAUUCUAUAGCAGCAAUACCGACUCUGAAGUACGGAUCCAGUGAUAUCCAACAACAGGUGAUCAACGAAGCAUGA